AUGGCGCCAAUUGCGCAGGCCGUGAUGGUCUCGUUGGAGGAGCUUAAAGAUGGGAGUGUGCCGUCCGAGACGCUCCACGAAGCCUUCGGUCCGGACUCGCUGGGCAUCCUGAUUGUCAAAGAUAUCCCUCCCGAGUUUGCCAGGCUGAGGCAUCAUCUGUUGUCGUACUCGUCGUAUCUGGGGAAUCUGCCCAAGUCGCAGCUUGACAAGCUGGAGAACUCAGAGGCAAAGUAUUUGACGGGAUGGUCGCUCGGCAAGGAGACGCUCAAGAACGGCCAGGUCGACACCUUGAAGGGGUCGUUUUACGCCAACUGCGCCUUCUACGUCGACCCAGAGCUAUCCUGCGCCGUGCCCACGGAGCAGUUCAACCCGGACGAUUUUCCCGAGUAUCUUUCGCCCAACAUCUGGCCGGAUGACACUACCCUUCCCGGGUUCAAGGACACUUUCGAGAGCCUGUGCCGCCUGAUCAUCGAUGUAGCCGUGCUCGUCGCCAAAGCAUGCGACAGGUUCGCCGAGAAGGAGAUCACAGGCUACCCGAGCGGGUACCUAGAGCGCGUUGUGAGCACUUCGACCACCACCAAGGCCCGCCUGCUGCACUACUACCCCGAGGACCCCACCAACGAGCCCGCCCCGGUGGCCAUGGCCGACGAUGUGGCCAACUCCAACGACCCGGACGAGGACGAUUGGUGCGCUACCCACCUCGACCACGGCUGCUUGACCGGUUUGACGUCGGCCAUGUUCGUCGACGAGUCCCAGUCGAACCCAACCGUGGCAUCCCCGGAAGUCGAGGCGGCGGCGGCCACGCCCGAAGAGCCGUACCUCUUGUCGCCACUUCCUGAACUUGAGUCAUCCCCGGACCCGGCGGCCGGAUUGUACAUCAAGUCGCGGACCGGCCAGACGGUGCAGGUCAAAAUUCCGCGAGACUGCAUCGCUUUCCAAACGGGCGAGGCCCUAGAACGCAUUACCGGGGGCAAGUUCAAGGCUGUCCCGCAUUUCGUGCGUGGCGCGAGAGCGGCGCUGAGUGAGGGCCGGAUUGCGCGGAACACGCUCGCUGUCUUUACUCAGCCGAACCUGGGUGAUGAGGUCGAUAUGCAGCACCAUAUCACCUUUGGAGAGUUUGCCAGAGGAAUUGUGGCCAAAAAUACGGUUUCAUGAGGGUUUCGCCGGGUUGUAUGCUGAGGUUGGUACUUGUAUAACUGAGCUUAUCUCAUUGGCACAAGUUUAAGUCAAUCCAUGUUUGGCACCAUGCGGUCUGACUACCUACCUACCUAAAUAACACACAUACUCGUGCUAAAACAAAGUCAAUCGGACAAUCGGCCAUGAAUAUACAGAUCCUUC